AUGAAAAUUAGCCCCAUAAGGAAAAAGGUGAACUCCUCACUGAUCGUGAGCAAAAGAAUCCCCUCCUACUUAAAAAAGGAGAAAAUAAAUUUAAGCAAAAAUAAUGGCACUUUUGACAAAAAAAGCGUUAAAUACAAUCAAGUACCACAAUUUGUUCAGGAAAUAAUAAAAUUUACAAAAAAAAAUAAACUGUUCAAAGAGGAAGAGAACAAUGUAAUAAGCAAAAACAAAAUUAUUUUUUUAAAUAACUUGUUAAACGAAAUUCAAAAGAAUAAAACACUUCUAACGUCUUCUUCCAUACAUGAUAUAUAUCGAUGUCUCUACAAACUCAAUUAUUUAAAAAUAGAUGUCAUAUGUACUUUGUUUAGUAUACUUAUAAAUAACACAAUAAAUUUUUCCGAAAUAAGUGGCUAUGUUCAUUGUGAUUUCAAGGAACUGAUAAAUAUUACAAAAUUCCUACACCAUUUCCAGAAAUUAUGUAAUUCAAAUAUUCAAGCGAUUAUACAGGACAGCCAUGAGAGUGUUAACCUCCGAAUUGUGCAGAGGUACCUGAAGGAGCAUGGGAAAAAAAGUGGCCCCUCCCUUGGCGACACAUAUAAAAAUGGUGAAAUAUACACACACGUUUAUAACUACAUUGGAAAAUAUGACAGGAUUGAUAAUGUAGAUAUUCUUUUGUAUUCCCUUAUAAAAGGGAAACAGACCAAUGUUCUUACAGGGGAGGGAAAAUCAUACGGAGAAGUGACGACUGACAAAUGCAGUCCUCUUGGGGAGGUACCUUUGUUAGAUAGCCCCAGUGGAACUUCCCAUGAAGAACUCUCCCUGACGAGAUGCAAAAAUGAUGAAGUUGGGAAUGUCCCGUCUAGUCUGGACAACACAAAGGGGAACCAUGCCAUAGAGGAAGAAGUGGCGCAAGAAGAUAAUAACUUUCGCUUGGCCAACACGGAAGAAGGGAAGAGAACGUUGCUAGUGGAGUACAUAAACUCGUUCUACAAACUAAACGAUAUGUUCACCUUCCUUCUAAAUAAAGUGUUAAAAUAUUUCAACGAAAACGCACAUAUUUUUAAUUUGUACCAUUUAAAGCUCCUGUUUUUCUUCCUGGGAAAAUUUCAAAUGUUUGACGCACACUUGAUGGAACAAAUCACCAACAGGAUUAUCGAAGAAAUUGAAAGAAUAAAAACCAACCCGAAACUUCUACAUGAUGGUACCUCCACAGAGGAAAGGAAGAAAUAUAACUACGCAAAUAACAGAAUUAAGAAGUUGAGGAAAAAAUGUCUCAACACAUUUUUUAAAAUAGAUUCGAAAGAAUUCCUAACCCUUCCAUACACAAUCGGCUUAUCCAUGAAUACAUACUUUAAUAACUACCUAAUUGAAUAUGUAAAUAUUUACAUCCUUAGUUUAAUUAACUCCAGAGUGAACUGCGACAUGGUAAGUUUUACGUAUUGUCUCGUAGGGUAUAAGUACAUUAUGGUGCAAUUUUUUAUUUUAUUCAAUAUUUUUUUGUUUAAAGAAAAAUGUAUGAAGAACUCAAAACUUCUGGAUAAGUAUGGUAUCUUUUUGCGACGAUUGGGAAGAGAUGUUACUUUUCCUGGACGGGGCCAUUUCGCGGGUGCACUGUCUCCAGGACGGAGUGAAGAAAGGAUCGAUUUCCUUCACAGUAGUAAUAUUGAAGCGGGUGAACUACUGACCAAUCGUGAAGCCCCCAUAAAAAUGUGGAAAAGUUCAAACAAAGAGAACAACGCCAUGGCCACUUCUACAUCUACUCAGGUAAACUACACUGAUGAGGAAGAUAAAACGGGGUGGCCCGCAAACCCUGAGCAAGUCUUCAACAUGCUCCUAGGGGAGUUCCAAAUGAAAGUAGAAAAUAUCUUCCUAAUAAACUUGGAUAAGAAUUCCAUGCAGCAAUCAUAUAACAGCGAACAACUUCGGAAAUUUUAUUUGCACUACAAAAAAUUAUUCCAGAAGGUAUUCAAUUACGCCAUUUUUCUCCUAAGCAAAUAUGAACCUGAGGAAAUGUUGAGCAUUUACAAAAACUUGAAAGCCCAUGCGCUGAACGACCAAGUUGUGAAUCAGCUGUACGUGGAAGUUCUUUAUGAGAAGGUUGCUUUUAAUUCGAGAAAUGAAAAAAAAGUUUCAAGUUUGUUGCGGUGCGUUUCGGGUGAGUAG